AUGACUACUUCAUUAUUUACCUUGUUUCUGUCGAGCAUUGUACUUUCAUCAAUUUACUGGUUCUGGACAAAAGCGCUAGCUUGGUCUUCCAGAAAAAAAGCAGGAUGUUCUUCCCCAGUCAAAUACAAGCACCUCGACCCAUUUUUUGGAUUUGACCUCCUCAGCAAAAAAAUACAAUACACGAAGGCCGGAAACUUAUUGGCUCUAGACGAUGAGUUGUUUGCAAAAUAUGGAAAGACGUUGCAUACAAUUUUUUUUGGUAGAAACCACUGGAUGACUAUGGAUCAUUUGGUUAUCCAAACUGUUGCCGCUACUGAAGCUGAUAAGUUCGGGAGCGCACCUUCAAACCGCAAGCCUGCUUGGCCAUUGCUAGGCGAUGGUGCUUUUACUACCGAUGGGCAUAUAUGGAAGAGAUCUCGGGAACUUCUCCAACCAGUCUUCAGUCGGUCACAAGUCUCGCAAUUAUCAGGGUUGAAAUCUCACAUGGAACGUUUUUUCGAACGUAUUCCUCGCGACGGUUCCACGAUUGAUAUUCAACCUCUCGCUCAAGGGCUUUUCUUAGAUAGUUCUAUGGAGUUUAUUUUCGGCAAGUCUUCUGGUACUCUUUCACCGUCCGAAGAAACUGUCGAAGCCAAACAAUUCUCUCAAGAUUUUGACGAGGGUCUCCGAGGAAUGCGAAAAAAUUACAUGACAGACAAGAUUUCAUGGCUGGUUGGACCAGACAAGAAAUGGCUUGCUCAAUGCGCCAAAAUACAUGCUACCUUGGAAGGUUAUAUUGACGAUGAGAUUGAGAUUCAAAGACAGUCAAAAUUGUUGGGCCAGCCAACCGAGACCACUGAUGAGCCAUCAGCCUACAAGCAUAUCCUUCUCAAAGAGCUUGUCAAAAAGUACCCGGGUAACAAGACUCUCAUUCGAAAUGAACUUAUGAAUGUCUUUUUCGCGGCGAGAGAUUCUGUUGGAACGGUAACUUCCAGCAUGCUGUUUCUUCUCGCAAGAAGCCCAGAAAGUUGGGAGAAAUUGAGGAAAGAAGUUGCUGCUAUCCCACUAAAGCAAGAGUUAACUUUUGAGUUUCUCAAGUCUUUGAAAUAUGUGCAGGCUGUGAUCGAUGAGAGAUUGUACAAGAGUUUAAGACGAUUAGAAAUCGGGAUGAUUGCUUUGAAUAUGUGGAAGAAUACCAUCGAUACACGCUUCACGAAUGCUUCCUCGACUCCAUACCAAGUAGAUCCUGCUGCUGCGAAGUCAAAACGUGAUGAUUCAAAACCGGGCGAGGGAGAUAUUUCGGAUGCACAGUAUUACAAUUUCCGAACCAAUGUACCGUACCUUGCGAUUCUCGUCGUUUUCCACCCUAUCCUUAGACGUAUUUAUGAGUAUCUCAAGCCUAUCUCUACUAGGGUAGGAUCACCGAAAUUGAACGGCAAUAAUACAUACAUAUCCGUGGCGGAAGGUAAUGCGAGGCUUGAGCAACGAGUUAGAUUCGAUUUCAUUUUCGCAUUCAUAUACCUGUUGGCUUUGCAUGGCUUUUCGGCCUUCAAAGUCAUCAUAAUAGUAUACACAAACUACUGUCUAGCGACCCGACUUCCCCGAAAGUUUGUUCCUGUAGCAACAUGGGUUUUCAAUAUCGGAAUAUUGUUUGCAAACGAGCUCUCGGACGGAUAUAGGUUUACAUCUGUAGCACAAUAUGUGUUGCCUAAGAAUGAAGCUGGAUUUCGAAAUGGAACUUCGUUGCAUAGCUGGGCGGAGUGGAUGGAUAGCUAUUCGGGUAUCAUUCCUCGAUGGGAAAUUCUGUUUAAUCUUACUGUCUUGAGGUUGAUCAGUUUCAAUUUGGAUUAUUACUGGAGUCAAGAGAAGGGAGCUGGAAGUGCAUUAGAGAAGAAACAACUCGACCCUGCCAAUCUUUCGGAACGAGAUCGCGUUUCAAUACCUGCAUCGGACAAGGAUUACAAUUAUCGAAACUACUUCGCAUAUGCGAUUUAUGCCCCUCUAUAUUUAGCAGGACCAAUCUUCACAUUCAAUGAUUACAUUAUUAUUGCUGGCAUGCUCUUCCCACGAAAGAAAUGGCUUAAUAAUCUCACAUACUACAGAGUACUCUGUGGUAUUGGUGCUGUGGCGAAUUUGAUGUUCAUGAUGAUAGCGAACUUGGUAGGUUUUGCUGUUGGAGUGGAUGGAUUGAAGAGCAUCAUUUCAGGCAUUUUUAAAGAUUUUUCGGGAAUCGUUUUUCUCAUUACAGCUUGGGGGGCACUUUUCGUGGGUUGUCAGAUAAUGUUUGAAGUGAGGGAGAGUGAACAUAGAAAGGGCAUUUACUUAAGAUGUUAG